GAACUCAAUUCUGAAGAAUGUGAAGGUUUAAAAGAACGACUUUAAAUAGCAAAAAAAUCCCGUAUUGCAUUAUGACAGCAAUGAGAAAAAGGGUACGGUAAUGCACUUCAUUUCGUUGCUUACGAUUUAUCUAUUUCAAGAUGACCCAUUAAGCUUUAACCCCAAGUUUGUUUUUAUGUUUUCCUCCUUCCUUAUCUUCUCGCUGCAAAUAACAAACGUUGAUAAGCUAUGUGGUGCAUCGUAUGGUUUUUAAGUUCUCCUUUAGUCUUGGAACGAACUUGGAGCAAUCGGGAACUACACUUAUUACUUCAGCAAAUGUCGUCCGGAAACGAGAAAGCAACUAGUGCAACCACCAACAUCAAGUUUGAAGUGAUUCCAAAAACUCUGAUUAGUCCAUUUAAAGAGCACUUUCCUGGUUACACCGAAGGGCUGACCAGAGGCCAACCGGGUGGCUUUGUUUUGGCACCAGAAUACGCCAAACACGCCGACGAGCUGCUCAAUUUCCAACCCAGAAGCGAUGACGUUUGGAUAGUUACUUUCCCCAAAUGCGGAACUACAUGGACACAGGAAUUGGUAUGGAUGGUGAUGAACGAAUGCGACGAGGAAGCCGGAAAACAGCCGUUGACGAUACGAUCUCCUUUCCUAGAAUUUCCUUAUCUAACACCAGCACAAUCUGAAAACGGGCCACUGGAAUUGAAUAAAAUGGUGCCAGUCAAAGCGAUUGAAACGAUGCCUUCGCCUCGACUCAUCAAGACGCAUUUGCCUCUAUAUCUGCUUCAUCCAAAGUUGCUCGAUACCAGCAAGGUAGUCUAUGUGGUGCGCAAUCCAAAGGACGUCAUCGUUUCCUACUUUUACCACCACCGGCUGAUCAAAUUUCAGAAUUAUAGCGGAACUCUAGAAGACUUUGCUCAGUAUUUCAUGGAGGAUGAAGUGUUUUACGCGCCCUUCUUCCCUCACGCGUUGGAGGCAUGGGCUCAACGUCAUAAUCCCAACAUGCUCUUUCUUUUCUACGAGGACAUGAAUCACAACCUGAGGGGAGAAAUUGAACGUGUUGCUGCUUUUCUUGGAAAAACCCUAACGGGUGAACAGCUGGCCAGACUUGUUGCCCAUCUUCGUUUCGAGACGUUUGCGAAAAACGAUGCAGUCAAUUUCGAAGCCAGCAAGAAAAUGGGUUUUAUGAUCCCAGAAGGCCGUUUCAUUCGCAAAGAAAAUAUUUCUUUUGCUACAGGACAAAUAGGAGACUGGAAAAAUCAUUUUAGUGCAGAAUUGAACGAUCGUAUCGACCAAUGGAUAGAGAAAAAUUUAGCUGGAACAGAUUUGAAAUUCACCACAGAAUUAGAAUGACGUUCAUUCUGAAACUGGAUGACGAGAGGUUGGUAAAAACGUGUUGCAUUGCUGCCCUUAUUUUCUAAUUGUACUUUUCGAUUGAUAUUCCGCUUAUUUUGUGCUUUCUGUCUAUUACAAAUGGCAUUGUUUACUUACGUAUGAUCCAGUGGCUGUUGAUUCAAUACACUUAGUUAUUUUCACUA